GGUUGCUAGGAGUUGGUGACGCUCCCCGCGGAGGAUCCCAGGCCGCGGGCCUCGGCGCCCCGGCCGCGCCUGCGAGCCGGAUGGAGCCCAGGAAGAGAAGAACCAAAGACGAUACAUGGAAAGCAGAUGACCUCAGAAAACACCUUUUGGCUGCACAGUCAGGUACCCCCAGGGAAGACAAGAAACAGAAGGAGAAGAAGCUACACAAGGACUCAGAAACAGACAUCCCAGAGUCCAAGGAGCAGAAGCCCAGGGGCCCAGACCGAGACACCAAGCGCAGAGAGAGGGUGGUGGACAGAGAUGGCCACAGCUCCAGGGAUCAUCCUCAUGGGGACAGAGACAAGGAGAAGCCACGGGAGAGGAGAAGGGACUCCCGGGACCCGGACAGAGAGAAGCUGAGGAACAAGGCCCGAGAGCAUGACUCAGAGAAGCACCAGAGCCGGGGCAAAGACCGGGAGAGGGACCGAGAACAUGACAGAGAGCACCACGUGCGGAGGGAGGAGCCCAAGCCUGCAGCCCCGCACCAUGCCCUGCCUGAGCGCAGGAUGAGAUCAGUAAGUAAAGUCAGAACUGACGAGAAGGAGAGGAGAAAUGAGGACUCUGAAAGAGACGAAGAGAGAGAAAGAAGAUACCGAGAAAGGAAGCUGCAGUAUGGUGACAGCAAGGACAACCCCCUGAACUAUUGGCUUUAUAAAGAGGACGGGGAGAGGAGACACAGGAGGCACAAAGAUCCGGAUCGAGGAAAGAAGCAUCAAGAGAAAAGCAGCACAAGAGAAAAAAGAGAGAAGUAUUCAAAGGAAAAAAGCAUUUUGCUCUCCAAAAAUGAAGGGGAAAAAAGACACAAAGAGAAACGACAUAAAGAAGGCUUUCACCUUGAUGAUGAGAGGCACCAGAGUAGCAUGGACAGGAAAGAGAGGUCAUCGAAAGAAGAGCACAGGAAAAGGGAGCCCAAGAAUGGUGAACACAGAAACCAAGGUGGGAGUUCAAAGAGAGACUCGACUGGUGGCCAGCAUGCAGAGGGUGUAGUGAGGAACAGUGGAAGAGAUCAGGACUCGAGAAGGAAGGAAGCUGAAAAGGAAGACAUGGACUUAGAAAAUGUUAACUAUACAGCCAGUUUUGAAGAUGAUUUUGAAGACUAUGAAGAUGACUUUGAGGUUUGUGAUGAUGAUAGCACGAACGAGCCAGAGCCAAGAGAGAAAACGGAAGAACUUCCUCCAGCCAGGAAAAAGGAGAUACAAGAAAUUCAGAACGCCAUCAAUGCGGAAAAUGAAAGGAUUGGCGAGUUGUCGUCCAAGCUGUUUCAGAAGCAUGGUCGAGUGGAGCGGGAAGCGGGGACGGAUGCAAAUAACUCACCUCCCAGAGCCCCUGUUUGUGGAAUUUUUGUGGAUUUUGCAACGGCCUCCCAGCGCCAAAAGAGUCGGACACAGGCCCUUAAGCAAAAGACGCGCAGCACGAAGCUGCUCCGGCUUAUUGAUCUCGACUUUUCAUUCACAUUCUCACUCCUGGACCUGCCACCAGUAAACGAGUAUGACACGUACAUCAGAGACUUCGGGAGAAGGAACACCAAGCAGGCUUAUGUCCAGUGUAAUGACGACAACGUCGACCGAGACGCGCAGACAGAGGAGACAGAGACCAGGGAUGUGUGGACCCAGCACCCCGGGGAGGGCUCGGCCGUGUCAGGGGGGGGUGAGAGCGGAGACUCCUGUGAUGCAGCAGUGGUGCCAAAGGUCAACACGCUGAGGCUGUCCAGGUUCCUCCGGGAGGCCUGCCAGGUGGUUGCGGUUUUGCUGGAAGAGGACCGUGUGGCAGCAGCAUCCAGUUGGGACCCCGGGGCGCAGGGCAGCACCCUGCCCCUCAGCAACAGCUCCUCCCAGCUGAACACCAGCCUGCCCUUCCUGCAGUAUCGGAAAGUGUGCUGCUUGCAUGCCUCGAAGGCUCAGCGGCAGACGGUGGUGUCUGUCCACAGCCGGCCUGCAAAGGCCUUUGCCCCUUCACUGGACAGGAGGUGCGUGCUCUGCGUGUGGGACAUCUGGCAGCCCUCAGGGCCUCAGAAGGUGCUGGUCUGUGAGUCACAGGUCACGUGUUGCUGCUUGAGCCCCUUUAAGGCCUUCCUGCUCUUCGCCGGAACUGUGCACGGCUCGGUCGUUGUGUGGGACCUAAGAGAAGACUCUCGGAUACAUCGUUAUGUGAGGCUGAGCGACUGCCUUUGGACGUUCAGGACAGCAACAUUUUCCACAGAUGGCGUCCUCACCUCUGUGAACCACUGCAGUCCUGUGCAAGCCAUAGAACCCGUCUCCGCGUCCGGCUGCAAGAAGCAGAGUUUUGCUCUCUCGCCCUUUUCCACUCAGGACGAAAUGUCGGGUUUGUCCUUCCGCAUUGCUUCCUUGGAUGAGAGUGGGGUCCUCAACAUGUGGGUGGUUGUUGAAUUACCAAAGGCAGAUGUUGCAGGUUCAAUAAGUGAUUUAGGGUUAAUACCUGGAGGGAAGAUGAAGUUGGUGCACAGCUCUGUGGUUCGGCUGAGUGGCAGCCUCUCCCAUAAAGGUGAUGAACUUUGGGGAGCCACACAAACACUGAACGUUAAGUUUCUGCCUUCAGAUCCCAAUCACUUUAUUGUCGGCACCAACAUGGGACUUGUAAGCCACGGCACCAGACAGGAUUUGAGAGUAUUCCCCAAAUUCUUCAAGCCCCAGCAGCAAGGCGUGAGGCCUGUGAUGGUGAAUGUGGUUGACUUUUCCCCCUUUGGAGAACCUGUGUUCCUGGCCGGCUGUGGCGAUGGGAGCAUCAGGCUUCACCAGCUGAUGUCUGAGCAGCCUCUCGCGCAGUGGGGCCACAGCACCGGGGGCCACGCCGUCACCGGCCUGCAGUGGUCCCCCACCCGGCCUGCUGUGUUCUUCGUCCAGGACACCACUUCCUGCAUUUAUAUCUGGGACCUGCUGCAAAGUGAUCUGGGUCCUGUAGCCAAGCAGCUCAUCUCUCCAGACAGGCUGGUGACCAUGGCAGUCACCGGGGACCCAGAGAAGACCAGCGGCGGCUUCCUGGCCCUGGUGCUGGCCAGAGCCUCUGGCCGAGUGGACGUCCAGUACUUGAAGAGGGAGUGGGCAACUCCAGUGGUGGACGAGCAGCGGAGGCUGCGGCUGCUUCUACAGAAAGCACUCUAGGGGGCGAGCGGCCCGGUGUCUGGGAGGACAGUGCUGUGGGGCCCCAGUGUGAGGGCAUCGUCGCAGAGGCUGCCACAGUGGGCGUGG